AUCAGAGCCUGUCUGGUUCUCUGCUUUGCUCAUCCUAUCUCCUCGCCGCGAGCUCUCUACCGCUUCUUCGUCUCCCGCGGGUAACAGAGAGGUGAGCGAGAGCGCUGCCCGCUGCUGCGGUGGAGGUCCGGGCGGAGCCCUGGUUUCUCCCCGGCCCGCUUCCGGUUGCCACCUAUCGUCCAUGGUGUGCUUGGUGCCGCGGCGAGCACCAGUCAGUGGUCGGCGACGGCGCACCGCCUGCUGCUAAGCAACCGUUUCUCUCCGCCGGUCCGCACCUCUCCCCAUCGUCCCUGUUCUAGUUUGUUCCCCAACUCCAGAAGGCCGCCGCCGCCGCCACUUGUUCUCUCCAUAGGGGACCAGGGAUGCAGGGGUGUGUAGCGACGGGGAGAGGUGGGGUGGGGGUGCCGUCGCCCGCCUGCCCCACUCUGCCACAAGGGAAGCGCCGCCCCUCCUGGCUGUGGAUGCCUACCACUGCCAGCCAUGGAAAACAACAUGAGAUGAAAUAUUGCACGUCACUGCAGAACAAGUGUAUGCUACUAGGAGAAAGAUUUGGUCGACAUGCUACUAGGAGCACACUUUUGCUGCUUCAAAAUUAUUCCAGGAGCACUGCAAUGUCAAGACUAGAAAUGUCUGGGCAGUUUCAGCAGCCUGUGCUGGAGUCCUCAAGAGACUACUUGACUCGGGCAUGCCACAAUGCAAGCAUAAAAAAGAGGGUUCUAUCGCGAGUUGAGUGCUUUCUAUCUUCAGAUCCAAUAAAUAGUGGCUGGUUGAAACCCAGGAGGUGGGAGAAUUUCACUAGUUUGGAGAGUGCUUGUGUUCAGCCAGAGUACAAACUACCAAUAAGAACACGUGCUGACUGUAGAGCUGAGCAAUAUGAAAUCACGGGGUCACCCUUGAACCCUUCUGAUGUUCCUGCCGAGGCUGUGAGGAUUGGAGAUACGAAUGAGACUUCUCCUUGGUGGCAGGAGUUUCCUAGGCGCUGGACGAUUGUUCUCCUCUGCUUCUUUGCAUUCCUUCUUUGCAAUAUGGACCGUGUCAAUAUGAGCAUCGCGAUCCUUCCAAUGUCUUCAGAGUUCAGCUGGAAUCCAGCAACAGUUGGUCUAAUCCAAUCAUCUUUCUUUUGGGGUUACCUUCUUACACAGAUUCUCGGAGGUAUUUGGGCCGAUAGGUUUGGUGGUAAGGUAGUGCUAGGAUUUGGGGUUGUAUGGUGGUCACUUGCAACAAUUCUUACACCCCUUGCUGCCAAGAUUGGACUUCCGUGCUUACUCACCAUGCGUGCCUUCAUGGGGAUAGGCGAGGGUGUUGCCAUGCCUGCUAUGAACAACAUCCUUUCCAAAUGGAUCCCAGUUUCAGAGAGAAGCAGAUCUCUUGCCUUAGUGUACAGUGGAAUGUACCUUGGGUCAGUCACUGGCCUUGGUUUGUCACCUCUGUUGAUCAGCAAAUUUGGUUGGCCUUCUGUCUUCUAUGCAUUUGGAUCCCUUGGAAGUGUCUGGUUUGCACUGUGGCAAAGCAAAGCGCACAGCUCUCCAGAUGAUGAUCCUGAACUAAGUAAAGCUGAAAAGAGGCACAUACUGGGUGGUGGUACCUUCAAGGAGCCUGUCACUUCCAUACCAUGGAGGCGGAUUCUUUCGAAGGCUCCAGUGUGGGCUCUCAUAAUAUCACACUUUUGCCAUAACUGGGGAACAUUCAUUCUUCUAACAUGGAUGCCCACUUACUACAAUCAGGUUCUGAAGUUCAAUUUAACCGAGUCCGGGCUUCUCUGUGUCUUGCCAUGGCUGACAAUGGCUGUUUUUGCGAAUAUUGGUGGAUGGAUCGCUGAUACUCUUGUUCAGAGAGGGGUCUCUAUAACAAACGUCCGGAAGAUUAUGCAAUCGAUUGGUUUUCUUGGGCCAGCCUUGUUCUUAACACUGCUGAGCAAAGUCCAGACUCCAGCCAUGGCUGUAUUAUGUAUGGCCUGCAGUCAGGGGAGUGAUGCCUUUUCACAAUCUGGGCUGUAUUCAAACCACCAAGACAUAGGACCACGUUAUGCGGGGGUACUUCUUGGACUGUCGAACACUGCUGGCGUGCUUGCAGGAGUUUUUGGUACUGCUGCCACUGGCUACAUUCUUCAGAAAGGUUCUUGGGACAGUGUGUUUAAGGUGGCUGUGGCACUGUACAUAGUGGGAACAGUGGUGUGGAAUGUCUUUUCAACUGGGGAGAGAGUUUUGGAAUAAUCUGUGGACAGUCCUAUAUGCUACCAUACGGAAAUUGACUGAUUUUGCCAAUGCCAUUUUGGCGUACAACAGGGAAAGCUCGUCUUUAGGAAGAGAAGAUACCGCUGGAGAAAAACAUUCCAUUUUAUGCAAGCGAUAUACCUGCAUCUAAUGUUUGGGCUAUCGAAGAAUAAAAUCAAAUUGGAUUACUGCAAUGGCUUGGGGAAAUUGGGCUUGCGAGUACAAGAAGGUACACUUGGAACCAAAGAAAUUUCCUGUGCAGAAAGCAGCUGCAUCAAGGGCCCUUCAGAUUAUUCAGCUGUUUCUUGAGAUGCCGAAACUUCUGCCUGAAUUCCCUGCCCCCAUAUUAUAUUUUGUUCAGUUAACCAAAUUUCAGCUUGCCUUUAUUUGUCGAAACUCGAAAUAGCAACAACUACUGCCAAACUCAUGAAGUAUUGUGCUAGCUUUUUUGAUCGAAAAUCCUUGAUGUGUCUGCUCAGAUACUGGGCAAUUAAUCUGUGGAAAAGAAUAUACGGCGUUGGUUAAAA